AUGCCUCCAACCAACAAGACUUGGCAUAUCAAUCACCGCGAAGAACUCAACGGGGGCCAUAACGAUAAACAGCAAUUUAUCUGCCCGUCAGAAACAUCACCACACAUCGCAACACUUCUCAGUUUCCCCUCCGCCCGCUCAACCCUGCCAGAACUCUACUGGAAAACAAGGAAUGAAAUCAUCAGUCUCGCGACAACAAUCGCAGCCUUCGAGCCCGUGCGCCUGCACGCCAGACCAGAAGAUCUACGCAGCGCAGAGGCCAUGCUAGCCGAGCGCAGCCCCUCAACACCAACACCCCACCUAGAGAACAUCACCUUGGUCUCCGCACCAACCAACCACUGCUGGAUCCGCGAUACGGGACCAGUGUACGUGCGCAGCGCAGACGAAACAGACACCACACGCUACGCCAUCGACUUCAAGUUCUGCGAAUGGGGUCACAAAAUUACCGAGCGGAUCUACGGAUCUGCUAACUCCCCCGCAGCUGAAGAGGCGAUCAGAAUAUCGCCGGAGUACGGCGACUGGCCUGUCAUGGAUGAGGCGGCCCAGAUCGAGAACACGGCUUUCGCGGCUAAAGUUCUAGAGCUUGAGAAUGCGUCCGGCGCCUCUGUGACCCGUGUGCAGACGCAUAUUAAGCUCGAGGGGGGUGGUAUUGAGAUUGAUGGCGAGGGUACAUUCAUGGCUACGGAGAGUAGCAUUAUUGGAGAUGCGCGCAAUCCUGGUCUUGGGAAGGCUGAGAUCGAGGCUGAAUUGAGGAGGUUGCUGGGUGUUACUGCAUUUGUGUGGUUCCCUGGUCGGAUUGGGCUUGAUGUUACGGAUGUGCAUAUUGAUGCUGAGGCAAGGUUCAUUCGGCCUGGGGUUGUGGUUGUUUGUCGUCCUCAUGAUGAUGCUGAGCAGGUACACUGGGAAAUCUACCGGGAGAUACGGGCGAUUCUAGAGGAGUCUACGGAUGCCCGCGGGCGUUGCUUUGAGGUCCAUGAUGUCGUGGAGCCGGAUCCUAAGCUGGUGAAGGGUCAGCUCCCUGGUGAGGAGGAGGCGCCAGCGGCUUCAUAUGUGAACUUCUACUUUGCGAAUGGUGGUUUGGUGAUGCCGGCCUUUGGGGAUGCUGCGGCGGAUACGGCGGCAUUUGAGUUGAUUAAGAGCCUUGUUCCCGAGAGAGAGGUGAGGCAGGUUGAUGUCAAUGCUCUGCCAAGGACCGGGGGUGUCCUGCAUUGUGUUACACAGCAGGUUAUGUGA